AUGCAGCCUCGUAUCACUACGAUCUUUGACAAGUCUGCUGACCAUGGCGCAUCCGGAUGUCAUGCGAGCAACGGACUGAGAAAAUCUCCAGAAGAUUCCAGUGAAACAAGAAAACAAACGCGAGGAUCCUCCUUGUUUGAAGAAAUCUUGAAUGCAGAUUGGAGCGACAAGAAGAAGUUGAGGGAGGAGGUUCAGGAGAAACCCUCUGGUUAUCAAACGAAUGUGGAAUCGAAUGUCAAGGCAGAUCAGAAGCGUUUACAGCAAGAAGGGAACGAGCUGGAAGUAAAGGAGGUGCUCGAUGAUGAGAAAACGAAAGAAGAGAAAUUCGAGGAUUUGGAGGCAGAGGAUGCAAAUGAACCGGAUGUCAAACUGCAGUUAAUACAGCAGUCUGAUUCGCAAGUGAAUGAUGAAGAGAAGGGCGAGGGUGCAGACCAAAUGUUGGUCUCGUCCCAACUGCUCACUCAAGAAUACUCUCAGCCUACACAAGAUCAGCUGGAGUUGACCCAAGAUUCUGUUCAACCCACCCAAGAGUAUCAAGGAAACGUGUUCGAACCUCUCGUCCCCGCCUCUCAAGAGGACCUCAGGUCCAGCGAACUAGCAGAGGAGCCAACCGAGGCUGAAAUGCGUCCAGGCAAGCGUAGAAGAAUACGAGCAGCUCUGGAUAGCAGCGAUGAGGAUGAAGAUUCGGAAUACGGGAUAAAGAGGGAGGAGCAACAGGCAGAGGAACUUCCAGACCUGAGCAACUGGAGAGUUCGCAUGGAACUUCUGCUAAGAACAUCGAGGAUGGGCGAGCUUGCUGAGCUGUUGGGAAGAGACGUGGCUGCACGAUAUAUCAAGGCGAGAAGAGAUGCUUCCGCUCUUGCGAUCGAGGACCUCGAGAUGCCGACCUACGAGAAACUGCAGCGAAUCCUCUUGAUGCGAAUGUGGGAGGGGCGAGACUUUAAGGUUGCAAGAUGA